AUGAAUGUUUUCAAGACCGAAAUCACCCAGAUCCACCUGGCCCGACGGAAGACGCUUGCCGCGGCUGCCCUACGACGCCUCUGGACGAUAUGGCUCCGGUCCCAGAUAUCAACGGACGCGACCAGGAUUCGUCUUUACAACUGCUAUGUGCUCCCGAUUCUCUUGUACAACUGCGGAACAUGGGCGCUGACAACCUCGGAACUACUGCAUCUGGAGAGCUUUCAUCGUCGACAACUACGCAAGAGAACGACCCUACGACAUCGUAUCACGGCGGCAAGAUGGGGACUCUUCGGUCACAUUUUACGUCGCCCCGACAUUCCAGCUUCCGUACAAAUGCAGGCCUACUUUGCUCCGAGUACCGCAGGUAAGUGGCGCGACCGACCUCGCACAACGCUUCCUCUAGUUCUCGACGCAGACCUCCUCGCAAACUCGACGUAUGCGGACACCACCCUAUGCCGCCGACUAGCUAAACUGAGUCUAGCACAGGCAUAA